CUUUCAAUUAAUUAUUUUACUAGUGUUUUGUCUAAUUAGAUAUUUUAAAUAAAAUGCGCAGUUGAUUAAAAUUAGAAAAAUUAAUUUUUUGCGCAUCACAAGUCAAGGACACGUGAUCAGCUUUAAUUUUAUUGUUUUAAAAGUCUUGAAAUAAUUUAUUUAUUUAUUUACAACAGUAUUUUAAUUAGUAAAAAAAUGUCUGGAUCCAAUGACAAGUUGCGGAUUUUAGCGCUUCAUGGUUUCCGACAAUCAGACAUAGUAUUUAGGAGUAAAAUAGGCUCGCUUAGAAAAAAUUUCAAACGAAAAAUAGAAUUUUUUUUCGCUAGAGCACCACACGUAGUUCCACCGCUUGAAAAUGAUAAGAAGGACGACGAUGAAGAGAAAACUGGCGAAGAAGCUGCUGAUAGUGGCAAAGAAUCAAGAGGAUGGUGGUUCAAUACGGCGGAUCGUGCUUUUAAAGCGAUUGUCCCGAGUAAUAUGUCUGUUGGUUUCGAGGACAGUUUAAAAGUUAUAGAAAAAAUCUUCCAAGAACAGGGUCCAUUUGAUGGAGUAUUAGGAUUUUCUCAAGGCGCGUCGUUUGUUUCUAUUUUAUGCGCAAUGCAACAGAAAAAUUUGGCACAUCCAUCGAUAAAAUUUAAAUUUGCAAUUAUGGUGUGCGGAUUUAAAUCUUUGUGUGAACCACAUGCUAAACUUUACGAUGAAAAAAUAAAUUUACCGGCAUUUUUUGUUUAUGGAACCACUGAUCGAUUAAUACCUACAGAAACUGCGGAAGCUUUAGUAAACAUGUUUACUAAUAAAAAAGUUUUCGUCCAUGACGAAGGUCAUUAUAUCGUGGGGAAAAAACAUAUUUACAAUGAUUUCUUCUCUGAAAUGUACGCAAUUAAAAAUUCUAAUUAAAUGCAGAAAAUAAAAUUAUUUUAAUACAA